UUGGUUGAAGGAGUUCUAAACACGCCCUCGCUUUUUAGCCCCUCCUUUUCCCGCCUGUAAGAGGAAGUGGACAUAAAAAUGAAAUGAAAAAAAAACUCCGGCCGACCGGGUCUGUGUUUAAUUGUAAUAAUAAUAAUAAUAAUUAUAAUUAUAAUCCGACAACCAGGAUUGUGUGUUUAGUGUUUAAUAGCAGGAUUCGCGCACCCGGAUAUUAUUUUUAACGUCAAAGUAAUGCCAACACUGCGGUUUUAAUACUGAAGAUCUUUGUUUAAAUGCGUUAUUAGGUGUUUUUUUGUUAGCGUUAUUAUUAUUAUUAUUAUUAUUAUUAUUAUUAUUAUUAUUAUUACUAUUGUAUUCAGGACGCGGUUGUGGAUAAGAAAAAUGCAUCGAUAAAAGAAACAACGGCGUUUGCAAUUGAUGUGUUUAUUUGAAAUUAUAUCCGACAAAACCAAACCACGGGAGUCUGGCAGAUAAGCGAGCGGGCUGCGAUUCAUUCAUUCGUGUCCGUGUCCGUGUCCGUGUCCGUGACCGUGUCCGUGUCCGUGCGGGUCUCUGCGGGACGGGACAGCACGUCAUCCGAGGAUGACGGAGUACAAGCUGGUGGUUGUGGGGGCAGGAGGUGUUGGGAAGAGCGCCCUCACGAUCCAACUCAUUCAGAAUCACUUCGUGGACGAGUACGACCCCACCAUUGAGGACUCGUACAGGAAGCAGGUGGUGAUCGAUGGGGAGACGUGUCUGCUGGAUAUCCUGGACACGGCCGGGCAGGAGGAGUACAGCGCCAUGCGGGACCAGUACAUGAGGACGGGGGAGGGGUUCCUCUGCGUGUUCGCAAUCAACAAUACCAAGUCCUUCGAGGACGUGCACCUGUACAGGGAGCAGAUUAAUCGAGUGAAGGACUCGGAGGACGUGCCCCUGGUGAUUGUGGGUAAUAAGUGUGAUCUCCCGAUCCGGGCGGUCGACUCCAGGCAGGCACAGGAGCUGGGCAAGAGCUACGGAGUGCCCUGUGUGGAGACAUCAGCCAAGACCAGACAGGGUGUUGAAGAUGCUUUCUACACUCUGGUCAGAGAGAUCCGGAAACACAAAGAGAAAGUGAACCGCAACGGAAAGAAGAAGAAGACUUCAAAACGACGCUGUACCAUCCUGUAACCCGAACCCGAACCCGAACCCUCUCCUCCAUCCUGUAACCCGAACCCGAACCCGAACCCGAACCCCCUCCUCCAUCCUGUAACCCGAACCUGAACCCGAACCCGAACCCCCUCCUCCAUCCUGUAACCCGAACCUGAACCCGAACCCGAACCCCCUCCUCCAUCCUGUAACCCGAACCCAAACCUGAACCCAAACCCAAACCCUCUCCUCCUCCAUCGUGUAACCCGAACCCGAACCCAAACCCUCUCCUCCUCCAUCGUGUAACCCUAAACCCUACCCCUCUCCUCCCCUCCCAUCGCCUCCUCUCCCAUCUCCUCCUCUCCCCCUCUCUCCUCUCCUCUCUCCCCUCUCUCCUCUCCUCUCCUCUCUCUCCUCUCUCCUCUCCUCUCUCCUCUCCUCUCUCUCCUCUCUCUCCUCUCUCCUCUCCUCUCUCCUCUCUCUCCUCUCCUCUCUCUCCUCUCUCCUCUCCUCUCCUCUCUCUCCUCUCCUCUCUCUCCUCUCUCCUCUCCUCUCUCCUCUCCUCUCUCCUCUCUCCUCUCUCCUCUCCUCUCUCUCCUCUCUCCUCUCCUCUCCUCUCUCUCCUCUCUCCUCUCCUCUCCUCUCCUCUAUCCAGUCCUGGGAAUUGGGCCUCAUGUCUGUGAAACUUUUAUCAAGAUGUCAAACUGUAAAUAAUAAAAUAAAAACGUAAUGAAAUCAAA